CAAUGUCGAUAAGAUUCGACCCUUCCAUUCCGACGAAUGGGAGCGAUUGAUUUAUAAACAACAACUGGCGGUCCAGACGAUGUAAAUUUGAUGAAAUUGAUCGGCCAAAAGUUUAAUCCGACUUCAUCGAAUCAUUAUUCCGAUCGUCGACAUCGACUACGGCCGGAGAAUGUGCACGUGCGGGUCCACGCCCCGUUGGCCAUGAGACGAGUCCCUGCGAAGAUAAUUCCCAAUCUCCAAUCAUCCAGCGUUUAUCCGAAAUCGAUCAUGGCUAGCGAGGGAACCAGAGAAAACCUAUCAGUUGAAUCGCAGAAGAAAGGCGUGGACGUGGAGGAGAAGGAAGAUAAAGAGAAAGAGAAAGAGAAAACCCUAAAAUUGCCUCCGCCGCCGGAGAAGCCGUUGCCGGGGGAUUGUUGUGGGAGUGGAUGCGUUCGAUGCGUGUGGGACGUGUAUUACGAAGAGCUUGAAGCUUACAACAAGCUUUGCGACAAAGGUUCGGCGCCCACUCCCAGUUCUUGAGAUUCAAUUGCCUUGCUCUUUUGAGCCCUAAUUUUAUAAAUCUGUAUUUGGAUCUCUUUCUUGUAACUUCUUUGUAUCCAAAUCCGAUCUGUAUCUGAAUCUGUUUCUAUGAUAGCCGAAGGGCAUUUUUCUUUUGUUUCUGAAUCUGUUGAUGAUUUAAACCUUGGAA